GCUGCCGGCGGGCUGGGGCGAGUGCGGCGCCAUGCUCACGGCCUGACGCGCUGCCCUCUGUCCUCCCGGCCGUCGGUCCUUACUCGUUAGCUCCCCCGACUCUGCUUUCAGCAGUCGCCUUUCGGUUCUCCGCCGCUUGCUGUCGCCGACCCCCACCGGCCCCUUCCACCCCCGAUCCUCGCCGUCGUCAUGUCCCAGCCGGGGAUACCGGUCUCCGGCGGCGCCGCGUCCGGCCUCCAGGCCCAAAACGGGGCCGCGCCGACCUCGGGGUCUCCCUACACCAACGGUCCUGUUCAAAACCCAUUGAUGUCUUCACAAGUGCCAGCGAGCCAAGGAUAUAAUUCUCAGCGUCCAGCAUCCCAUCAUUUACCAGCAAAGACGGCUUUGAACCCAAUUUCUGGACAGUCUAACUAUGGUGGUUUUCAGACUGUUUCUCCAUUAAGUAAUUAUCAGGGACCUGGGCAGACUCUUAAUAGACCACCCAUGGCUUCUAAUACAAUAACACCUUCACUCCAUGGUGGUCCUUUUUCCCGAAUGCCACCACCUGCUUUACAGAACUCAACAGCUACACCAAUGCCUUCUGGUAGUUUUCAUCCUGGAGUCAACCUACCACCACCACCUUUGAAUUGGCAAUAUAACUCUCCACCCGCAGGAUCCCAGAUAAACCACUCUCCUGCUGGAUCAACCCAACCAGCUGGAUCUGGGAAUACAAAUUUAACAACAAAUCAUCAAUAUAUUUCUUCUGGUGAUCCUUCACUUCAAAAUAGCUACAUAAAAUCAGGUUCUGCACCUUCUCUCGUGAAUCCGCCCCUGCCUCCUACUUUUCAACCAGGAGCUCCUCUUGGACCCCCUCCAACUGGAGGCCCACCUCCAGCCAGGGCCCCGACUCCCCAGAAAUCAUCACAUCAUGCUAUGCCCCAGCCCUCAUUCAGUUCAGCUGCCAACCAAGAAGGUGGUACAUCAAACACCAAUAAUGGAUCUAUGAUGGUCCAUAAUAGUUAUGAUGAAAUUGAAGGAGGUGGCUUCUUGGCAACACCACAGUUUCCUAAUAAGAAUUCCAAAAUGGGCCGAAGUGUUGGAUAUGCAUAUCCUUCCUUACCACCUGGUUAUCAGAACACAACACUAGCCAGUACAACUGGAAUGCCGCCGCCUUCCUUGAAUUACCCAAGUGGGCCACCGACCUUUACUCAGACUCCCUUAGGUGCUAAUCAUCUAACCGCAAGCAUGAGUGGAUUAAGUCUGCACCCAGAAGGACUAAGAGUUAUUAAUCUUCUUCAAGAAAGAAACAUGCUUCCAUCGACACCUUUGCAGCCUCCGGUUCCAAAUUUGCAUGAAGAUAUCCAGAAACUUAACUGUAGCCCAGAGUUGUUUCGCUGCACCCUGACCGGCAUUCCUCAAACUCAGGCCUUACUGAAUAAAGCCAAACUCCCCUUGGGGCUGCUGCUUCAUCCUUUCAAAGACCUGGUGCAAUUGCCUGUGGUUACCUCCAGUACAAUUGUGAGAUGCCGCUCAUGCAGAACAUACAUCAAUCCUUUUGUCAGCUUUCUUGACCAAAGGAGAUGGAAGUGUAAUUUAUGUUACCGAGUCAAUGAUGUCCCUGAAGAAUUUAUGUACAACCCUUUGACCCGGGUGUAUGGAGAACCUCACAGAAGACCUGAAGUUCAGAAUGCUACCAUUGAGUUCAUGGCUCCUUCAGAGUACAUGUUACGACCACCUCAACCUCCUGUGUACCUCUUUGUAUUUGAUGUAUCUCAUAAUGCAAUUGAAACUGGAUACUUGAAUUUGGUUUGCCAGAGUUUGUUAGACAAUCUGGAUUUGCUUCCUGGCAACACUAGAACGAAAAUUGGCUUCAUAACAUUUGAUAGUACAAUCCAUUUCUACAGUCUUCAAGAAGGUCUCUCUCAACCGCAGAUGCUAAUAGUUUCAGAUAUUGACGAUGUUUUUAUACCUAUGCCAGAGAACUUACUAGUAAAUUUAAAUGAAAGUAAAGAGCUUGUCCAAGAUUUACUGAAAACUUUGCCACAAAUGUUUGGGAAGACUCUGGAGACCCAGAGUGCCUUGGGCCCUGCGCUUCAGGCUGCCUUUAAGUUGAUGUCCCCAACUGGUGGUCGAAUGUCUGUCUUUCAAACACAACUCCCAACUCUUGGAGUGGGAGCCCUGAAACCACGAGAGGAACCCAACCACAGGUCAUCUGCUAAGGAAAUACAUCUGACACCAUCCACUGACUUUUAUAAGAAAUUAGCCUUGGACUGUUCUGGUCAGCAGGUAGCUGUUGACUUAUUCCUUCUUAGUGGACAGUAUUCAGAUCUGGCUUCUCUGGGUUGUAUUUCCCGGUAUUCAGCAGGUAGUGUCUGUUACUACCCCUCCUAUCAUCAUCAGCAUAACCCAGUCCAAGUACGGAAGUUACAGAAAGAACUGCAGAGAUACCUCACUCGCAAGAUUGGCUUUGAAGCAGUCAUGAGAAUUCGGUGCACCAAAGGUCUUUCCAUUCAUACUUUCCAUGGGAACUUCUUUGUUCGGUCAACAGACUUACUCUCUUUGCCCAACGUAAACCCAGAUGCUGGGUAUGCAGUACAGAUGUCCGUAGAAGAGAAUCUUACUGACACUCAGUUGGUUUCUUUUCAGUCAGCACUGUUGUAUACAUCUAGCAAAGGUGAAAGGAGAAUCCGUGUCCAUACCUUGUGUUUGCCUGUAGUUUCAACGCUGAAUGAAAUAUUUCUUGGGGCUGAUGUUCAAGCAAUAGCAGGGUUAUUGGCCAAUAUGGCUGUGGACAGGUCCGUCACUGCCAGUCUGAGUGAUGCUCGAGACGCCCUCGUGAAUGCUGUCGUUGACUCCCUUUCAGCUUACCGCUCUUCCGUCCUAAGUAACCAGCAUCCUGGACUCAUUGUUCCUUUUUCUUUGCGGCUUUUCCCACUCUUUGUCUUGGCUCUUCUUAAGCAGAAAUCAUUCCAGACUGGGACAAAUGCUCGUCUAGACGAGCGCAUUUUUGCUAUGUGUCAAGUGAAGAACCAGCCCCUGAUUUACCUUAUGCUAACAACUCAUCCCAGUUUGUAUCGAGUGGAUAAUCUCUCAGAUGAGGGAGCGCUCAAUGUCAACGAUAGAACCAUACCUCAGCCCCCUAUUCUUCAGCUUUCUGUGGAGAAGCUGAGCAGGGAUGGAGCUUUCCUCAUGGAUGCAGGCUUUGUAAUGAUUCUUUGGGUUGGAAAAAACUGUGGACAGAAUUUUCUCAGUCAAGUUCUAGGAGUUCAAAACUAUGCAUCGAUUGCACUGACUAUGACUGAUCUUCCAGAACUUAAUACACCAGAAUCUGCCAGAACAAUAGCUUUCAUCUCUUGGCUUAGAGAACAAAGACCAUUUUUCCCAAUACUAUAUGUAAUAAGGGAUGAGAGUCCAAUGAAGGCAACUUUCCUUCAAUACAUGGUAGAAGACAGAACAGAGUCUGCAUUAUCGUAUUAUGAAUUCCUUUUGCAUAUACAACAACAAGUAAAUAAAUGAGCAAAUGAAGAAAUUUGAUGGAGCAUAUGAGAAUCUGGAACAUCUUCCUUUUCUAUUAGGCUUUUGAACUAAUGUGAUGAUUAACCCUUUUCUGACCUGUGGGACAUAUAUUGUCCACCAGCUUUUUCAGCCUCUCAGGUUUUUUGGGAAGCUGCUAUCCCAAUUGUAGUACAUGCUGCCGCCUUGUGGGCACUGGUAAAACUGCGUGCAUCUGAAGAAACUGUCUUCCCCCAUCGGUCCUAUCACCAGAGUCCCUUUGGGAUGUACAUGUCCCGCAUCACUGUAUCAGAAUCCCUAUUACCGCAACAACACAAAGAAGUUUUCCCUUUGAUUUCAGCAUACUGAAAACACAUGGUCUCAACAAUAAUUCAAAGUAGAAAAUAAUUUGGUCAUGAAAAGGUUAAGAUAUUCUCACGGUGACUUCAACAAACUAUAGCAAAUAAAAGACCACAGCAGAGAAUGAAACAUGCAACCCCAAAUACUGUAUUCUUCAACUCAGAAUAUAUCUACAUAUUAUUAGAUCCAUUUUUCUUUUGUUGCCAAUUAUGUUUUCAUUGUUAUGAAUUGAAAUAAGAUGAGACAGUAUUGCAGAGGCAAAGAACUUUUUUAAUAAAGGCUUCUGUGUUCAAAAUACAUAUUUGUCAUUUUUUUAAUUUCUGAAUUUUUUGCUGCUACAUUUUAAACCUCACAAGACUAAGUGUUGCAGAGAAGUUAUAAAUCUAUUGAAAAUGAUCUUUUAAAAAACUUUAGAAAAGAAUAAAUUGUAAAAAAACUAUAUUUCCCCCAUACCUAUUUUUUCUUUUUUUUAAGGAAGGAAAAGGAUCAUGUUUUCUAAAACAAGAGUGAACUAACAAGCUUAAGAAGAAUAUGAAUACAUUCAAGCUUUAAAAUACAUCAGUAUUCCCUGUACUUGAACAAAGUGACUACAGUCAGUAGUAAAAGCUGAGUGGUUUUCUCAUCUGCCUCAGAUUGCUUAGAGACUCUGUUGUACUCUGCAGUGAAAGACUCAGAGCUGUCUUCAUAGGCAUCCUGGAACUGGGCAGUGAUAGACAGGGAGAUGGGAAACUAAUUAUCCCGAUUCAUUAGGUGGGCAUUGUUUGGUAUAUUUCUGCCCUGUGAUGUAUAAUAAAAGUGUUAUUUUGAUGAAAUGAAGAUGAUUGAAAGAAAUGGAAGGUUUCUUAAAUGCUGUCUCAAAUGCAUCAGUACCAUUUUUCUAAGGAAUUUAAUAAUCAAAUUGGAAUUUGCUCCUAAGAAAUGUUUACUCUUGGAUGGAGAAACCUAUAAAAGCAUGAAUGCUGCUAUUUGAUUUGGUGGCUAUUAAAGUCAAACAGACCUGAAGUUAUGAAAGAAACUUGAUUUCUGAACAGCUCAAGAGGCUGCGCUUUUGAUUCAGCAAGGAGAAUAUUAUAGUCAGAACUUUUAAGCAAAUUUUGUUUAUGAAUAUGUAAAUUAUGUAUCUGUAUAUUUAAAAUGGUGUGAUCUAGUGUCUUCAGGAAAUUUGGCUCCAUUUUCACAGAUUCUGUUUGGUAUGAACUUCUUAAAGUAAAAGACCUUCAUGUAUAUAACUGGAUGAAAAAAAUUGUUUUACUGGGUCAGAAAAUGUUUACAAUCUUGGUCUCACAUGAUUACCAAUGAAAUAGUAACUUUCAGGUUCAUUUCAAUCUGAGCAAACUUCAACUGAAGUUUUUGGGAUAGUAAAGAAGGUCCUUCGAGAACAUCCCACCACCACUGGUGGAUCAAGAAUAACUGUGUUUUAUAAGCAUAUCAUCUCCAUGAAGCAGUGUUAAUGUUUGUUUUCAGUUUAUACAUUGUGCAUUAAAUGACAAGGUUUCUUUUAUUAAGAAGCAAAUUUCAAAUGGUAACAAAUUAAAUUUCUAUUUUCCCCUUUUAAAGAAACUGAAAGUCACUAUUAUGCACUGAUGUUUCUUAAAAUAACAAAUUAUCUUAUUAAUGUGAAUUUUAAAUGUUGGUAUUCAUAAGUCCUUAACAGUAAAGGAUCUUCCAGAAGAAAAAUUCAUGCUUCUAGGGACAGUAAUCUUUCUUGUGCCUCACUACAUCCCUUCAUGGGUCGACUCUUGUAAUUACCAUAAGCUUUGUCAGCAUACUUCACAAACUUACUUUAAAGUUUAUUUUAAAUAUUGCAUAACAUGUGCAAUCAAAAUAAUUUUGUAACAACCAGUUCAUUUAAAAAGUCUUUACCUUUACAAUAAUUUUCUCUUCAUCUCCAGAUUAUGAGGGAAUGAGGGAAUGAAAGAACCUUUUAGGGAUAUUGAUAUUAAAGCAAUUAUUUUUUUCACAAUAUUGAAUGUGGGGUUUUUUUGUUUGAUUUUCUUUUGAGGGACAGGGGCAGUGGGGCACUAGCUCCUGUCUCUUCUUGUAUUACUUUUUUGAUGUAAAGUAACUAAUAUUUACAAUAUGCCAUAUUUUUUUUAUUAUAGUUGUAAAUUAUCAUGAAAGGUCCUUGAAUUUUCUACAGAUCUACAACUACUAAAGUAACAGACAAGGGCAAUCUUGGUAUUUAAAUCUGAGCAUGACAGUUCUACCAUAAAAAGUACUCUAUUUUUCUAAUUUCUAAGAUUUUUAAAGUAACAUUUCUGUACGUCUGACAUACUAAUAUCCAUCCAAGCAGUACUAUUUAGUUUGCAUAUACUUUAUUUGUUUUUAAUUUAAUAUAAUGUAUUGAGUCUAGUAGACUGUUUUGCAAUAAUUAGAAAAGAUUUAUUUCUUCUAAUCAAAGAUGCAUAACAGCUAUUAUCUAGGGGACCACCAAAUGUGAUUUUAAGAUUUUGUUAACUAUUACCAAUAUAAUCCUUAUAUAGAAAUUUUAAUUUUGUAAAGUAGUGUAUAAUAUUGUAACAUUCAAUUCUUGUUCUCAAAUUCAAAUGUAUUGAUUUUCAAUGUGUUGUGUUCAAUCUUGCAUCUCUAAAAUGUGAAGAGACAAGAUUUGUCCCCCUUUUUACUGUUUGUAAUUUUCACUGUUUUCUUCCUGUUAAAGAGUCAUUUGUAACCCAUGCAAAUAAUCAUUUGAUCUGUGCUAACUUAUUGAUUUGGCUAUCAAUAAAGUUAAUUGAAAGAGAUUA